CGUACAUCCCAUGUUGAUCCCAGGGUAGAAAGUUCAACAUCAUGGCCAGUGUUUGAUUGCCCUAGCAGCCAACUUCACAGUUUACUUCUCUCCACAUGUCGGAAGACGAUCGCUCUCAGCCUGAUGAUAAAGAAUCUCCGCCACUAAAACGAGCCCGCCAUAAUGACCACUGGUCUUCCGAAGCCGCAAAAGUCAAUCAAACAGCUUCUGUGCCAUCCACCAUGAACACAGCAGGAUCCAGCUUGCCUCCAUUGUCAUUGUCAAUCCUCGGUGUCGAGCCUCUCGAUGAAUUCAUUCGAGAGAUCGCUGAUUUCGUUCACCACAUGAUCAUGACGAGGCCAGUUCACCCGGAAGCAAAAGUCGAGGUAGAAGCAAAACUUGGUGUCUUGAGGGACCGUACAAGCGGGCAGCGCCUAAUGCUGCCUGUCCUUGUGGAGACAAUCUUAAUCCCGAAGGAGGUUGACGUUCGCUUUGAGUCCAAUAUGUCCCUUGCGCAGCACAAGCACUUCAACACUAUGCUCAACGAUCUGAAACUAAUAUCAUCUCAACCGUCUCACCCAACAUCUCCCCUCGAGUACACCCAUGUCAAGGUGGUCGACUCCUUCUAUACGUCAGAUGAUCGAGAAAAGAUACGCGUCACCCGCGAAGAGAAGACUAACACCGUUCUUGAAACGACACGGAAAAUAAGGCUCGGGGACCUUAACAUAUAUAGUCCGAAGCGGGCGGCGGAUUGGAGGGUCAGCGUGUCGCUCGAAGUUCCAGUCUCCCAUCCCGUUGGAACUCCAACCCACGUACGACGGAAAGACAGAAUAUGCUACUCGCAUGAGGAAUUUAAUAUCGACCUGACCCAAGUCCAUUCCAAUAAUAACGCGACACCCAAUGCACCGCCCGAGGUUCUUCAUGAGUUGGAGGUGGAGAUCGCUCGCCCAGGGCUGCUGCUCUCGACUGCUGUCAAACGUGGGGAUCCAAAUGUGUCAGAACUUGAACGCAACGCGUUCGAUGAGCUUAUUCGAUCAUUUGUCAAUAACGCCAGAAUAUUGGUGAAGAAUGCGAGCGACGGUUGGCACUAACGUAGCUACAGUUAAGUUACCACUCCGGAGAUAAGUAAAUAACAAUCAAGCA